UAUGCCGUGGCUCUGGGUAUCGCUCACCUCUGCACCACCGACUCAUUGCUUGCGGUUUUCGCUUGUCCUUUAGGGGGUUCCCCGUCGGAUUUGACCCCGAAGCAGAGGGCUCAGCUCAUAUCGGACCUGACGGAGCGGCAGCGGGACCUGCAGGAGUCCCUGAGGCAGAAGGUUCUUGAGCUGCAGAAGCUGUGUCUGCAGGAGGCUGAACUGACGGGGCUGGUUCCCGCAGAUUGCCCCCUGGAAUAUGGUGAGAGACCUCCAGCGGUCACGCGGCGGCAGAGAGCUGGAUUCAGAGUCAGCGCGGCAGCUGUCACCCGAGCCGAGGAGGUGCAGCUGGAGCGCAUGGAACGGGAUUUUGCUCUGCAGCUACAGAUGGCAGAGGCAGCGCGGAAGCUGAGUGUGGCGGCAGAGCAAAGCGCGGAGCUGAGUGUGGAGCAGCGUAGGAAGAGGAGGCUCGUUUAUCUGGAUGCUCUGCGCAGGCUGCAGGAGCUGGAGGAGCAGAGCAACAACCUGCGUCGGAAGCUGGGCCUGAGACCGAUCCAACGCGUUCCGCGGACUCUGCUCGAGGAAGCUUACCAAUCAGAGGGCAGCUGCAUGGCAGAGACGGCUGCUUAUGAUGACAUUUUGGCCACUGCAAUGAGACCGUCUCCCCCUCGGAACGCCAGCCAUUCACGCGCCAUGUCCACCAGCCCCGAGCGGAGGGUUGGGUGGAAGACCGGACCACUGGAAAUGUACUGUGAGGUCCGCAACAGGAGAAACUCUAUGGCCGGCUCCUCCAGUCCCACUCGCUCCUUCCCGCGGAGUCUGUCCAGUCUGGAAGGGCGAAGUGUUCCCGCGACCCCCAUCCUGAGUCGUAACGCCUGCAGCAGCUCUGCCUUGAGGUGUGAGAGCUCGGGGCUGUCGCAGCGCCAGUGGUCGGGUAGCCAGGACUCCCAGGUCGGCUUUCACAGCGAAUGCGGAGCCGUGAGGAGCCGACGCAGCAACAGCUCAGAGGCCCUGAUUGAGCGGCCGCAGCCCAAUGAACAGGGGAAGCCUUCCUUUAAGAGUUCUGAAGCCCUGAGUGAGCGGACCCCCGCAGGACCCCAGCAGUGGGGAGGAAAGUCCCCUGACCCUUGUUUACCCAGUGGCACCGUCCGGGCCCCUUACGAGGACAUCUUGUUGGAGUAUUAUAUGGAACGACAGCAGCAGAACCGUGGGUGGGCUGAGCCGGAGGGGCAUUGGUGGGUGGAGCCAGAGGCCCCGUGGUGGGCAGAGCCUGAUGGAAGCGGCCAUUACUCGAGGCGGGAUGGCUACUACGAUGGGUACCCAGGCAGCCCUGCGCUUAGAAGCCGUGCAGACACCCAGCAGCGUAGGAAUGUGGUUCGCAACAAGUCAUGUGGCCCCCAGCUGCCUGAUGUUGGCCAUGCCCAGCAGCUUUGGCACAAUGACGGCUUCCUGCAGAGGCCUCCACAGCAACUGUCACAUCAGGGGCCACGGCCGCGGAGCCAGCCCCGUGCCCCCCCGCCUGAGACACUGGAGAGGAAUGUACACAAAGCUCUUGCCUUGGAGGGGCUUCGGGACUGGUAUCUGCGCAACUCUGCGGCCCCAGGGGGUCUACACCGGAGCCCUGCGCCCCCUCACCUGCACUACCAGCGCUACUCGCGUCCGGCCUACCGCGACGGGCACUUCCAGGCCGGCUCCCCUCUUCCUCAUUCUGUCAGUUUCACCGGAGCCCCUCUCCACGUCAGACACUUCUCCGAGUACCUGGCCGAGGAGUUCUGUAACCAGACGGGCGGUGUGAGCCGGGCACAGGAUGAGAGGUCGGCUGCGGACACCCCACCUGGGACGCUAGUCUGACGCUGGACACGAGGUCACGCCGGACGUCCUCCUGGGAUC